UAAGUAGCCAGCUGGCAUAAAUUUACGAACGAUUGAUGCAAAGUGUUUGUUUUUUUUCGUCAACUUAAUUUUGGAUGGCAGAAAGUUCAACUAAUAUGAAAAAUUCAAAUACUGCUGUGUUUAUCGCUGUGUAUCGUAGCGAAGGAAGCGAUUUUCGGGCCUACGGCAAACUGCGAAGUGGCCCAUUCGGGGCAUAUCGCGCGUGUGCUCACACAAUAUCUCUCUCGCCGGCACGAGUGGCGAUAGCAUACAAACAUAAACUGGGGGGAGGAACAGGGGGUUUGUAUACUAUAGUACUCAGCCAGAGAACUCAGCUGCGAUGAGUAGUGGAGCUGUGGCAGUUCUGAGCUUCACCGAUGCCGAGCGCUGUCCUGUUCGCUCAGAGUGAGGAUAUCCUUUGCCCUACGCGGUUCGUCCAUCGGAGCGCUCGGGUUGUGCGGGAAGCCAAGAAAAAAAAAACGAAAAUCCGUGCCCGUGCACGGUUGGGAAAGGUGGAAAAAUCUGCAUCGAACAACGGGAAAAAGAGUGACGCAUUAGAAAUGGCUGUGAGAUAGAAGUCGCUAAACCCCGGAACGUUUAUAAGAUGUGCCGCAAACAGAAAGGGGGUUUUAUUUUUACCCACCAACAAAGACGGGCUGCUAUUACUGACUUGCUAGGACUAGAAGGAAACUAAUGAAAAAUCAAUUGCUGUGAAGUGUUUCGUCCCGGGCAAAGGGUCGCAGAGAGAAGAUAGCCUAUCGGAUAAGUGCCAUUCAUUCAUUUGAAGCUACGAGUGAGAAACGAAUAAACGUCUCAUUAUCUGAGAAUGACAGAAAACUGCGUUGCUUUCCGAAUGCUUCGCCGUUGAAGGGAAUCCACCUUACACAGCAUACGUUUGACGCAGAUAACUCUCGGUGUAUCAUCUUAUUUAUUGCGUUUCGUUACGUGCGCAGUUUUCCGGAACAAUAGCAUCACAUUCGCAUACACGCCGCCGGAUGCUGCACCUUGCAUACGACGUGUUUCGACUGCAGAAUAAAAUCCAAGUAGUGGAAAAGUGAGCAAAAGCGAUGUCCCAGCAGCAUGAAAACCACCAACGAUUUCGACUGGGAGCCACUGCUCGAGACCGCCGGACGAGCCUCGAAACGAACGCAGCCUGGUGGGACGGCGGCACCAACCUGCGCCGCCAAUAGACGGGAAACCAAAAGCACAAACCAGGAAAAAUGUGGACGAAUCCGGCUGGGGGUGUUGGUGAUACUCGUGUUUAUCACCUUCUACCUGUCGCUGUCCACGAUCGACAUCCGGCCGAUGGUGCACCAGAUGGUGGUCACCAUACCGGACGAUGACGAAAACCUUCCAGGACCAAGAGGCUUAGCCUCACCGAACGUAGUAUUACAAUCCACAACCAACCAAAUCAUUCCCGUUAUUCCAAACACUCCGAUUGAACGCCACCAUCAACAACCGAACCGAAAUGAUCAUUCCAACGGAAUCGUCUCCAAUGCCAACCGAACGACCGCAGUGCCAAAGGGGUUUCUUGUGUGGAGUCCAGAAUGUAAGAUACUGGACCUGGAUCCGCUGGCGGACGAUGUGAUGCGACUGUUCCACAAGGAGCGAUUUGUGCCCUGUUCACCGAAGCAACCGCUCACCUCGAUCGAGCAGACGUUCGAAAACGACACGGUGUUGCUACGGUUUCAUCGGGAUCGCAUCACAAGUCAUCUGCCGCACUACAUGAAGUCCAUCGACUGCUGCUACCAGAGCAUCGAACGAUCCGGGGUCAACGAAAAGGCUGACAACGAUUAUACCUUAAGUAAGUGUACAUAUUUCACGCAUGACGUACUGCUACCGCCGAAUGUCACCAGCGGAGUGAUGGUUCGGUGCAAGGGUAGUGUCUCGGCUACCAGUAAAACGCGCAAGGCAGUUUACACCAACACCCACGCAUUCAUCCGCACCAAGCCGUCGGUGCAGCAGCGAUUGAAACGCUUUCGUCGGAACUUCAACCAACGGCCGCUGAGCGUUCUACUGGUCGGAAUCGACAGUAUCUCGAGGUUGAAUUUGAUCCGAGCGAUGCCCCUCACCGCACAGCACUUGUACGACACCGGUUGGUUCGAGCUCAAAGGAUACAACAAGAUUGACGACAACACGUAUCCCAAUCUGAUGGCAAUCCUGACCGGAUACAACAACAGUCUGGCGUACGUCACGUGCAAUCCGCGCACGGUUGGUCAACUGGACACUUGUCCGUUCAUUUGGAACUACUUUACCGACAGCGGUUACGUAACGGCCUACGGUGAGGACGAGGCCGGCAUCAACACUUUCAACUACCACAAGUUUGGUUUCGUGAAACAACCGACCGAUUACUAUCUGAGACCGAUCGCUCUGGCGGCGGAGAAGUAUUUGACCAAGAAGACGAAAAAUUCCCUAACGUUCUGCCUCGGGUAUCAGAACUACGCGGAUUUCAUCUAUCAGUAUGCGUUGGACUUCGCAGACUUCUAUAAAGACGAGGCUAGUUUCGGACUGUUUUGGACCAAUACAUUCAGUCAUAAUGACAUCAGCGAUCCUUCCUGCAUGGAUGCGCGUAUGAAGUAUUACAUUGAGGAAAUGGAGAACAGAGGGGUGCUGAACAACAGUAUGGUCGUAUUCUUCAGUGAUCACGGGAUUCGCUUUGGCGCCGUCCGCUCGCUGAUGACCGGAUGGCUCGAGGAAAGGCUCCCGUUCAUUUUCAUCUGGCUUCCGGAGUGGUUCAAAGAGCAACAUCCAGAAAUAGUGCAAGCACUAAAAAUUAACCGAAACCGGCUGACGAAUCCGUACGACCUUCACGCGACUCUCAAGCAUGUAUUAGAACUAUCGGAACGAAUCGAUAACCUACCAGCUCCGCUUAGUUGUGCCAACUGUCAGAGUCUGUUCCAGGAAAUGCCUUGGAAUAGGUCCUGCGAAGAGACUUCCAUCGCUUCUCAUUGGUGCACCUGUGCGGACUUUCAGAAGAUCGACAAAAAUUCCCAAAUUGUCCGAGAGGCGGUAGGAUUCGUGAUUGAUUCGAUAAACCAAGAUUUGGUGGAUAACCAGAAAAACUUGACGAAGAAAUUGUGUGCCAAGAUGCAGCUGAAAUCGAUUUCACUGGCCAAACUGGCCAAGUACCCUACUGCGGAUGUGCCGCACAACGACUAUCUGCUAAUAUUCGAUGGAAAACCGGGCAGUGGCAAGUUCGAGUCCACCGUGAGACACUUCUACAAACAGAACACGUUUGAGGUUACCGGAUCGAUCAGUCGGCUGAACGAGUAUGCUAGUCAAAGCGAAUGUAUGCACGUGGACUACUUGAAGAAGUAUUGCUAUUGUCUGCGUAAAAAGGGUGGUUAAACGGUGUGGAAUUGAAGGUGGGAGAGGUUCGGAAGAUAUUGUGACAAUAAGUGUAAGAUAAGUUGAAAUAAUCCUUUUAGUAAGAUUCGAUAGGCUUUUAUUCCCCUUCUCAAAAUUUCUAGUUUCUGGAAUAAAAAACAGACUGUUUCGCCCCGUAUUCGAAAUUCUAUAGUAACUGAUCGUUUUAAGUCCGUCUCUCAAGUAUUUUCGCAAUUUUUAAUAUUUUUAUUAUCAUCAUUGUUUCACGCCUGUGGUGUAAACUGUAUUGUAUAAACGUCCCAAGAUCUCUCAUCCACGACGACCUAACCCCAUAGAUUCGACAAACCUGAUACCGUGAAAUGUCGAUUCCCAACUAACCAACACGAACAGAAUGUUUAGAAGAUGGGAACGCUUAUUUUUUCUCAGGUUUAAAACUUUUAGCAAAAUGUCCCAGUUUCGAGUCAAGAAAUCCACUACUUGUAAAUCUUUUUCCCAAUGUAUCUACCUUAGUAGCCAAAAUUGUACCUUCCUUUUUCGUAGACCGUAAGACACUCCAAGGACAAAAUUUGAAGCGCUAAAAAUGUUGAAUAGUAAAACUGUGAAUAGCUUUUAGUAGUGAAUAACCAAAAGAAGAUGAGGGAACAUGCUUAUCCCACAUACACACACAAAUUGGAUAAGAGUUUUUCCUUGGAAAAUAGUAUUUUUAUUAUUUACCUUGAGAUAGAAGACAGUAGUAUUAGUUUCUAGGCUCUAAAGAUUGAUAUUUUUAUUACUGUUUAGAACAGCUGAAAGAUCAUAAAUACUUAAGGGAACAACAUACGUUCCGUA